UGGGGCUGGGGGGUGGGGAGGAUCUGUCCACCAAAGAAGAGACUUUGUCUAAGAACCAUGUAUUAAGAUUCAAAGGGUCUUGGUGUAAACUUGAGUAGUUUAUCAUCAUCCUUUCCAAAGUUAUAUGGAAAUUCUUCAGAACAUAAACUCUGCGUCUCGGCAGAGAAAGGCUCUUUAAAGAAACAUGGUAAAUUACUACAAAGUACUAGGGGUGCCUCAAAAUGCUUCCCCCUCUGAUAUUAAGAAGGCUUAUCACCAGUUGGCUCUUCAAGUACACCCAGACAAGAACCCAGAGAACAAGGAGGCAGCUGAGGAGAAAUUCAAACAAGUAGCACAGGCCUAUGAGGUCUUGUCUGAUGCCAAAAAACGCAAUGACUAUGACAAGUCCAGAGGAAACUGCAUCAAAAUGGAAAACAGAGGAAAUUGCAGAGACCAAAACCAUUUGGAGGAGGAACUGUGCUUUGAGAGGCCACACCGUGUUUUCCAGAAUGACUUUGAAGAUGAAUACGUCUCAGGAGAUUAUUUUUCUACCGGCCGUGUGGGUAGGGCCAGGAGAUUCCAUUCCUCCUUAUUUGAUGUGACCCCUAUAUUGGACACAGGAUUUUCCACUUUUGUAUCCUUGGGCUUCAAAUCAAGUCCCUCUGUCUCUAAGACAUUUGUACCCUUUGUAAGCAGUGGAAUGAGAAACUUCAGACUGGUCACCACUUGUAGCCAGGUAGUGAAUGGCAAGAGAGUUGUUACAAAGAAAGUGCUAGAAAAUGUGAGGGGAAAAAUUGAAGUGGAAAAGGAAAGACCAUUUCAUCUGAUUCCUCCACCUCAUUGGAAAUUGAUGGAAAAUCACUGCUAUUGAUGACAAGGAAUGAUGUGCUGACAGGACUUCAGUUAAAAUUGGGGCCUGCUCUGAAAAUCUAUGAGUAUCACGUAAAACCUCUGCAGACAAAGCAUUUGAAGAACAACUCUUCAUAGUACAGUCA